AUGUCCUCACACCAGGCGCUCCAGAGGCACCUGUGGUGUGGCAUCUUUACUGGAGCAACCACACCACGGCGGAAGAGGAGGAAGGUUGCUCCGGUUACCCCGCGAUUGCCCAUACGUUUGCCAGCCACACCAUUGCAACCCCCGCGAUUCAAGCUCCCACCUUCUCUCCAACGCCACUUGCCCCAAGCAAUUGCAGACAUGGUUGGCGAGAGCUCCGGCGAUGAAGGCGGGCAGCAGCAGCAGCCGCCCACACCGGGUGGAUCCCUGGUGCUUGAACCCCCGCCACCACCACCAGUUCAUCGACCCCGCCCGCGAACACAUGCCAGCACCAAAGUUUCCCUUCACCAAAUCAUCCAUAAUCAAAAUCAAGUUCAAAGGGAGCGCCUGAUGGCAUUCAUUGCCCAUGUUCACGUCCUUGCGCCCCACACCACCUUCUUUCUCAAGUACUACCUUGCUGAUCAUCCUCUACACAAUUUCCCCGACAUCACAGACAAGCACAUCAGUGUGAUGUUUGAGCUGCUCAACAAUCCACGCUACAAUGGCAAUUGGGUCAUCGCGCAAGAGUUGCGUCCAUGGCUUCAAGACUACUGUAGUGUUCACGGAUUUGCCCCCAUCCGCAUGCAACAUUGCCAACAGACCGCAGCGUACACGGCUACGAGCAUCUUCACAAACCUCAAAGUCAACGUACAAGAGCAUUUCAUUCAAAUGCUUCUGCGCUAUGUCAAUGAAAGGCUUGGUUUGAAGCAAGUUGUACAGCAUCUCCAGAGAGCGCAGCGGCGACACUAUUAUCGUCGUGUCCGUCAAUUUACAAAGUACGCGACGUUUGAAGAGCACCCCACCGAAGAGGAGUUUGCCGGCCUCACACAACUUGAGCGGACUGUCCUCGACGAGUUAUGGGCUCUGUUUCCUCCCCAGGAUGAACCGCUUGCGUACAGCCUUGCAGUGGACGCAAUGCCAUAUUUAGGCGCCUAUUGUGAGCUCUCACGCCUCUAUGAGCGCCGUGGAAUGCGCCUGUUUUCCGCUAUCCCGCUGCGCAAAUCUCGAAUCCAAUCAUCUGUUCGGAUCGACACGCUGACCCUAGGCAUCCAUAUCCUGGGCUUGGGCCAAAGUCGCAUGGGGAAAUUCACCGAUGCACGCAAGCAGGAGCUGAGGGGGCAGUUUAUCAACGUGAAUGACAAGGUUUUCAAGGAUCGAAACAAGCUUGGUCUCAAAUUUGAUGAGUCAAUCAGCACAAACGGGUAUUCCGCUACCAUCCACUUCAGGAAGCCAGGGCUCAAAUAUGGGCAUCGGGCCCGGAAGCGCAGCAAAACCCAAAUGCAGGAAGAAGUCAAGCAGCUGUGUUUUGAGCACCACAUCGCGGAACUAAGGGAGGCUCCAAACAUCGUCUGCAUUGAUCCAGGCAAGCGUGACCUCCUGUUCUGUCGAGACAACGAGAAGGAGCGGCCAUUUCGAUACGUUUCAGUUGAUUACUACUGCCCUGCUGUCCCCGCUAUCCCCGCUCUCCCCGCUGUCGCCGCUAUCCCCGCUAUCCCCGCUAUCCCCGCUGUCGCCGCUAUCCCCGCUGUCGCCGCUAUCCCCGCUGUUGCCGCUGUCGCCGCUGUCCCCGCUGUCCCCGCUGUCCCCGCUGUCCCCGCUGUCGCCGCUGUCGCCGCUGUCGCCGCUAUCCCCAUCAACGCCCUCCUCAACCCUGUCCCCGCCCCCAUCCCCACCAUCCCUCCCGUCACCAUCCCCCCUGUCACCAUCCCCACCAUCCCCGUUGCGGCGACAUUCCACAUGAAAGAGCAAAACAUCAAUGCCGGCGUCGCUGAGAUGGAAUCGUGUAUUCCGUCGCACAAGAGCAUGAACAUUGAGGCGUUCUCGGCGUUCAUUGUGGAUUACGAACAUGCGGGUAUGAUGUUCCACUUCAACUUUGAUUUUCAACUCUGGUAA